GUAAGGCAAACUGCAGUGAACAGCGAAAAGCAACAACGUCAACAAUAAAUUUCCUCAAGUAGUUUUUGUGCAAAAUCAAAAAAAGAAAUCAAAUCAAAUGUCAUAAUUUUGUUUGAAUGCAAACAGCCAGCAGCGAAGAGCAAGCAAUAAAAUACAUUUCGCAUCUUCAUUUGUAUAUUGGCAUUUGAAUAAGAAACAACAAUCAAUAGACAAGUGAAAUACAAAAGAAAAUUAUAGAAAUUGUCUCGUCCACCACCACCUCCGUUGUGGACUAGACCCCCACUAGCUGUGCAAGAGGGAGCAGCACUAAAGAGGAAGUGGUAGCGGCUUGGGGUGGAAUUGGGGAACUAAGACAUGUCCUACUUUGCUCACACUGGUGAUUUGGUGAAUCUAAAUGUUGGUGGACAGAGAUUUUCGACAUCACGUCAAACAUUGACAUGGAUACCGGAUACAUUUUUUACAGCAUUAUUAAGUGGACGCAUAUCAAGUUUAAAAGAUGAAACGGGGGCGAUAUUUAUUGAUAGGGACCCUUCUUUAUUUUCGAUAAUUUUGAACUAUUUACGCACCAAGGAAAUUGAUGUCAAGAAUUGUGAGAUUAGAGCAUUAAGGCAUGAAACUGAAUACUAUGGGCUAACGCCUUUGGUGAAGCGGUUGGCAUUGUGCGAAGAUUUGAAUCAUUCCUCCUGUGGAGAUGUUUUGUUCUAUGGGUUUUUGCCAGCACCGACAAUUCCACCAAAUGAUAAUCUGAUUAUAAAUCAGCAACAGCCAGUUGGCAAUGGUGGUGGUGGUGGCGGUGUUGGUCCUGCGCCAGCACAAGACGUUAAUAACUUGAAUGCGAGCUCUCUCAGAAAUAAUCAAAACGGUGGUUUUGCUGCUGCCCCGGUACCAGUACCUCUGGAGGCUUGUUUACCUUCGACUUCAUCGGCGGCUGCAGCAGCGGCGGCCUCAUUAAAUGGAAAUGCUCGACCUGGUUCUAUGGUACGGGUACCAGAACCCUCUAACGUUGUCUCGAAUCGUCAUAAUUCUCACUCUAGAAAUUCAUCGUGGGAUUUGCGCAUGGGUCGGGGUACCUCUGCAACCAAUGAAAACCGUUGCUGGUCUUCCAAUGCGCGUGGCGAACACUCACGCAACCCCUCAUUAGAUUUUAUGCGCCACUCUCGAAACUCCUCGGCUGAUCUGAAUAAACUCAUACGCAAUGAUGUCGGCUUAGUAUUUUCACCCACACUCACCUCAAAUUGGGUUGAUCCCCUCAGAGUACAAAUCAUAAAAGCUCACCAGAAUUGGUUUGCAGUGGCUUAUGCCCAUUUCGUAGCCUGUUAUCGUGUCAAGGAUUCCAACGGUUGGCAAUUGGUAUUUACUUCGCCCUAUAUUGAUUCCACUAUUGAACGUAUAGCCAUUAAUUCCAAAGUGAAUAUGUCCACCGGAGAACAGGUGCCCAAUAAAAUGGUGGCCAUCUCCUACGGCAGUCAGAUACGUUUGUGGAGCAUACAAGAGGGAGGAGAUAAAACCGACAUUGGUACAUUCAAUCUGAAUGUACGGGUUGAGCAUCUAUUUUUCAUAGGCAGUCAGCUGGUAGCUCUCUCAUCGUCCUCGUCAUCGUGUCAAACGAAAAUAGGUGUAUGGCAUGCCAUGAUGACCCAGCAUUGGCAGGUACAAGAUCUAGUGCCGGUUCUGUCGUUUGACUCGGCUGGUUCAUUUCUGCUGUUGGGUUGCAACAAUGGUUCCAUUUACUAUAUAGAUAUGCAAAAAUUCCCUUUGCGCAUGAAAGAUAACGAUCUCCUAGUUACGGAAUUGUACAAGGACCCCAAUUUGGAUCCCAUUACGGCCAUAUCGGUGUAUUUAACACCUAAAACAUCAAGCAUAAGUGGUAAUUGGAUUGAAAUUGCCUAUGGCACAAAAAGUGGUGCUGUGCGUAUUAUUGUGCAGCAUCCCGAAACAGCCGGUCAUGGCCCCCAUUUGUUCGAGACAUUCACCGUACAUCAAAGUCCUGUAACCAAGGUUACACUUUCGGAAAAGUAUUUAGUUUCGGUAUGUAACGAAUAUCAUCAUGUGCGUACCUGGAGUCUAACCAGAUUUCGCGGUAUGUUGUCCACCCAACCGGGUUCUACGCCAGAGGCUUCUUUCAAGAUUGUCUCCUUGGAUGCCACCGAAGCCAAUUACAGUUAUGUGGCCGGCAAUGAUUUUGGACCCUAUGGCGAUUACGAUGAGCAGAUAUUUGUGCAAAAAGUUGUUCCCGAAACGGAUCAGCUAUAUGUGCGAUUGGCAUCGAAUGGCGAAAGGGUUUGCAUCAUCAAAUCUGUCGAUGGCUCAGCGAUAACCUCGUUUUGUGUACAUGAAUGCGAAGUGUCUUCGCGCAUGGGAUCACGCUUCAUUUUGACUGGCCAUUGUAAUGGCAACAUACAGAUGUGGGAUCUCACAACUGCUUUGGCUAUAUUUUUCAAAAAGAACGAAGAUAGCCAGAAGCAGAAAACCGAUGGCGGACCCGACACCAACGAGCUACUCCGCCUACUUGACCAGUGUGAGAUCAGUAAUAGCCUCUGCUCAACGCCUUGUAUGUCACCAUGUUUCACAGCUCUGGCUGGGAUGGCGAACAGCACCAACAAUAUAGCGCGAAUUAAGUCCAGCAAUAUGGCACUGCUCAAUCAAUCGUUAGCUCAAAUGAAUUUAUCCACAUCAAGCAACACUGCAUCGGCAUCAAGCGCAUCAGCAUCAUCAUCAUUGCAGCAGCAACAGCAACAGCAACCACUAGGACAAUCAAGCCACUCGCAGCAUGCGUCACAAAUGCGUGGCGGCCGUGGCGGCGGUGGUGGUAAUGCCAGCGAAUGAAAUACGGUAGCGACGUUUGCAGAGGCGGCGUUAGUCGGGCGUAUUUCGACAUCAUUUGCAGUGUUUCACAUUUUAAAUGACAUACACAGUUGCUGUAAAUUUUUACGUAUUAUAUUUUGUACUUUAUUUUAUUUAUCCAUUAUGACGCUAUGCGUUCUAAUCGCUCCCUGAUGGCACCACUAACCAACAACAAGCCACCAUCAACAAUCAACCACCUAAUAUUAGAGAUAUGUAUUCUUCACCAAGACAACCUUGAAAAGGUUACCUACCUACAAACUAUACACAAUUGAAAACAAAAACAAAAUGUAGCAUAGUUAGAAAUUAUUUUUCAUUCUACAAUACGUACAUGUGGUAAACACCCUUUGAUCCCUCAUAUUUUUUAUAUUCUACAUUUUUUUUUGUUUGCAUUAUUAUCUAAAUGUAUGUGUCUUAUUUUCAAAAAAAUUCCAUAUCAAGCCACCCAAUCGAUCAGUAUAAAACGAAACAAAAUUUGUAUGUAGUACCUACCUAUUAUCUAUGUGUGUUGUGUUUUCUUUUUUUUUUUAAUUUUAAUUUCCGGCUUGUGUUUUCUCUUUAUCUUUUAUUCGAACGUUUUUAUGGGACAUCUUAUUAAUGAAGGUUUGUUGACAUUUCUUAAAUGUUUUUAUUUCAGAAAUAAAACGAAUAAAACAUCUCAAAACAUAAAAUGUUAUAACUCA